AUGAAUUUUUAUAGAUUACCUUAAUCAGCUACAAUUACAGUACACAACAAUAUAGAUAAAGAGCAAGCCUAAAUCAAAUUAACUAAUGAUUUUAAAUCAUUCUUGAACUCUUUAAAUGAUAAAUUUCUUUUACCUUUUAAAUUUACUUUGUGUUAUUGUCUCGACUUCAGAGAUAGAGUCAUUUAUCUUGCUUGUCCACUAGAUUUUUAAUUAUUUUUGAAUAAGAUCUAAAAUCUAAAAGAAGGGUAUCCAAUUUUCAAUAAUUUUUAGAAAUUAUCCUUUGCUCUAUAUCAUUAAUCUAAAAUAGGAUGAAUUUGUUUCUAAGGAUAUGAUUUAAGAUGCUGAAGUAUGGUAAGAAAAAUUGUCUAAGAGGUAUUCAUAAUUAAGUGAGGAUAAUUAAGAAAUUGAAUAAUUGAAUGAAUAAUUUUAACAUGUUUCAAUAUCUUAAAUUUAUCAUUAAGAUGAGACUGAAUAUCACAAAUGUUAAUUUUGCUAUUAGAAAUUGGAAAAAAAUAAUUAUUUUAGAUGUAUAGUUUGUUUUUUCUUUUAAAUCUGCGAGAAGUGUAAUGGGUUAAGAAGAGAGAAAGAGCAUUGCGCUGCUCAUAUUUUUAUUUUAUGUAAUAAUUUUAUUGAUUGGAAUAAACUUAAAUAACAUACAUAAAUUAAAUUAAUGGAUUAAAAAAAUAAGCUUAUGAAAAAAUUUAAAAUACAUAAAAAGAAUAUACAUGAUUAAAUUAUUUGUGAUUAUUGUUAUGCUAAACCAAUUUAUAACCUAAGAUAUUACUGUUGUGAAUGCCCAGAUUUUGAUUUAUGUAAAUAAUGUCUUAAGAUCUGUAAGCAUGAUUAGACUCACAAUUUUGUUUAAUUAACUAUGAAUAUUGAAUAUUUAAUAUUUUAAUGA